AUGUUUGAAGAGCUGCGGGCCCUUGACCCCGUCACUGUGAAAGUCCUCUUCAGCCCUGGUUACGAGAUGUCUGGCACUGGCCAAUCACCCUCUCCUCCAUCAGUGAAGCCUGCUUUAACAUGCUCCCUGCCACCUCCACCACCCUCUGCCAAACUUGUGAGCUACGGCUACUCUGCAGUUCCAGUUCAACUAAUAACCCACAAAAUGCCAUUGAGACCUGUAACUUACAUACCACCCGCCUCGGCUGUCUGUUACGAGUACUCUUACCCAGCUGUGAAACCUGUAGUGCCGACAGUUCUAAAAACACCGAUGGUACCACUGAAACCAGUCCAGUACAUGACUUUUGCCCCCCCAUACUCUGAACAUUCUACUCCAACUCCACUGAAGACUAAGUAUUCAACAACAGUGCCUGCAGUUAGCUAUGAAUAUGUACCUCCUGCCCCGGUAAAACCAUUUAAGCCAAUGUGUAAUUAA